UGUGCAAAAAAAACCCAUAUUAUUUGAAUGUAAGGAGUUUUUCGCGAAUCAGAGAUACACCCUACUACUACAAUUAAUCUACGGAAGAAACACUGCAAAUAAAAACCAAACAAAGGCGAUUUGAUUUUGAUUCUUCACGAUUACAGAUUGCAGCAGAAUCGCGUUCUUGGAUUUAUUUGCAGGGAUACAAUCAUCAAUUUUGGUGUUUAAAUCUCCUUCUCUCGCAUCAGAAAUUCGAAGAAGAAAACCAUGGAUACUCUUAGUGACUCUUUUACGGCUGAUCUUGAUGAAUUGUUUCAUCAUGUUCUGGAAGAGGACAAUAACAAUACCGAGUACAUGGAGAAAGAUAUAGAUGGUGUGGAGAGUCGAAUCGGAUAUAUUGCUCCAAACCUAUCUGCUUUAGUUGGAAGUGAGGUGGCUGCAAAGCUUGUUGCUACAGCUGGCAGUCUCUCAGCAUUAGCACUAGUGCCUCCAUGUAAUUUUCAGCUUCUUGGUGCCAAUAAGAUGAAUAAUGUAGCAGGCUUUUCCGGAUUUAGGGUUGGUUAUUUAGAACACACGGACAUAUUAGAAGGCACUCCUCUUUCCUUGAAGUGGCGUGUUUGCCGACUUUUGGCUGCAAAAUCUUCCCUGGCUGCACGUUUUGAUUCUAAAAGGGGAGAUCCAUCUGGAAGAAUUGGGACAAUUUUACGUGCAGAUAUUCAGAAAAAGAUAAAGAAAUGGCAAGUGCGUCCUUCUGCUAAGCAGCCUAAACCUCUUUUGGAUCCUGACUCCCAGUCUGAAAUGAAGAGAGGUGGUCGAAGAUCAAGGAUGAAAAAUCAAAGAUAUGUUGUUACAUCAAAUAGAAUGCAGUUCAGCAUACCAGGGGACGGCUCUCGCUUUUGCACCUCUUCAGGGAAUUGAGCUUCAAACCCUCAGGCAAACAAGCAUGACGGUGCUACUCCAAACACUUGUGCAACUUUCUCGAAGAUCAAGAGAACAUGAAACACUAUCAAACAGUACCAUUCUAGAACCCGUUCCUUUGAGACUGUUAAUUUGAUAGAACAAAUAAUCCAAAAGCGUUAUUUUCAGUGAAUUUUUGCUCUCCUAUAAUUGCUCUUUUGUUUUGUCAAAUUGGUGUUGCCUGUAUCCGGAUGUCAUUAACCUUUGAGUGUCGUAAUUCUACAUGCUUCAAUUACAUUGGUUGUUUGCCAU